CUUUCGUGGAAGGCAGUGCACAGCAUCGCGUAGCCAUGUGUGUAUGUACUGUCCAAGUACAUCUUACUUGAUCUGAAGUCAACCCAUCAUAAUCCUCUUGGAAUUGGUGUUUUGAACUUGCAGACAGACAUCCUCUCAACAUAGCCGGCGAGUCGGAACAACGGGUGCUGAACACCAAUCCGACGAGUUUCAAAGCGGGCUACAUAUCAUAACAUCAUUCAUCUGAGGUCGAGCCUGCCAAUCCACUAUGGCCGAACCUGUCCCGCCUCCACCCGCGGCACCGCAAGCGGCCGAGGCCACGUCAUCCACCCCGAAGGAAAGCCGACUACGGGCCCGAUGGAACCGUCUCUCAUCAUCCCGAGUAGGCUCUGGAGUUCGAUUUGCUUAUAAUUGGAGAAGGCCCCUACUCUUAGGAUUCAGUGCAAGCUUUUUUAUCAGUCGAUACUAUUAUGCCAAGUAUCAAAAGGCCAAAAGGGAUCGAAUCGAGCCAGGUACCUAUCUGGUCUGGAGGCUGUACGAUGGGGCUAUUGUUGAAUACCCCUCAAACCAGACGAACUUGAGCAUGAUAUUGGGCUCAAGUGGAGACGGAACUGAACCGCCUCGUAUAAUGACGUUAUAUGAGGCUAUCCGAACUCUCAAGUUUGCCGAAAACGACGAUCGAAUCAUCGGAAUCAUUGCGGACAUGUCAUCCACAAAUGCACCGUCAGUCAAUCAAGACAUUCCUCUAGGUCUAGCCCAAAUUGAAGAACUGCAGAAUGCUCUACUCGACUUGAAGAUCUCCAAACAGAGCAGCUUGGGAGCUGGGAAAUUCCGGACAGUCGCUUUCACCGAGACCUUCCGGAGUCAAGGUGAAUAUACUAUGGCUAGCGGCUUCGAUGAGAUUUACUGCCAGCCAACCGGCGAAAUACCUCUUGUUGGAAUCAACAGUACCGUUACAUUCUAUUCAAAGCUACUCAAUUGGCUAGGGAUCAAGGUCCAUGCUGAAGCAAGGACAAAAUAUAAAUCGAUGGUAGCUCCAUAUACCCAAGAGGAAUUCUCGGAACCCCAAGCAGACAACCAUCUGGAGCUUCUGGAUGGUCUCAAUACCAACAUGCUCACGAUGAUUGCCCUGAACCGAUUCGCCUCUGAAUUGCCCGAAGAGCCCGAUGAAUCAGCUUACAACAAACUGGUCGAGCGAGUGAAAGGGUAUGCCAAGCGCGGGCCUCUGAUGGCCAAAGAGGCCGUAGAACUCGGAUUACUCACCGGGACGAUGUACAAAGAAGAGCUGCUUUCCAAGAUCAUCUUAGGUGAGAACCCACUCGUAUUAGACGAAACUGACCAAGAGAUCCAUGGAAAAGAAAGGCAAGUCAUUCUCAAGGAAGCUUUGAAGGCUCAAACGAAAGGCUUUCAUCACUACCACAAAAUUAUGGAUCAGCUAUCAGAACGAAACAACGAGGAAGGCAUCUUGAACGUUGGUGUAGUUUAUGUUCUAGGAACAAUCGGUGAUAUGGGAGAAUUUGGCACGAGUGCUAUAGUCAAAGGUUUGCACGAGGCUGCUGACGACGAUUCGAUUGGCGCAGUUGUCCUUCGGAUCGAUAGUGGGGGUGGCGGCGUAGUGGAAAGUGACACAAUUUGGGGUGCUGUGAAAGCCUUGAAAGCGAAAGGAAAAGUGGUCAUCGCGAGUUUUGGAAACGCAGCUGCCAGUGGAGGUUACCUUAUCGCAACUCAUGCAGACAGCAUAUUCGCAUCCCAAUCGACGAUAACUGGAUCGAUUGGAGUAGCUUCUCUUCGACCGACCGUCACCACUUCUUUCUUGGAUAGACUCAAGCUGACGACGCAGUCUUUUUUCACUGGCUCGAACGCACUCUCCCUCUAUCAUGAGCUGGAAGGCGAACAGAUGGAACGACAUAAAGCGCACAUUGACUCGGCGUAUCACGAUUUCAAAGAACGAGUGUGUGAGGGCCGGAACAUAUCCCCUGAGCUAAUUGAGGUCCUUGCGGGAGGACGGGUGUACACGGGGCAAAGCAUGUGGGAAUUGAAUGAAAAGUUGAAUGUGACAUCCACGACACUUGAUGAAGCUCAAGCACCUCAAGAAAGCAAGGAUGAAAAACCAUCGGCGGAGGAAGCUGUCACGGCCACUCUUGAAGAAACCCCCAAACCUGAUCAAUCUAACACGACUCCGAUAUCGACAGAACUCUCUGCUAACGCUUCCGCUAACUCAUCGCCCACGAAGAUUGAUGAAGAGGUGCAAGCACUUCUUGCGCCUCAAGGCUCACAAACUGAGAUUACGGUCAAUUCCUCGUCGGACGGCCCGCUUGGUCGUGGGAUCAUUGAUGGCAUUGGUGGAAUUAGGGAGGCUGCUAUCGAAGGUGCCGAGGCAUAUCUCAACAGAUUAAUCAAACAAACAAGAGAAGAACAUCCAGAGAAGAGUCAGGAAGAGAUCAUGGAAGAGGUAUUACCCGGAGUCCCUUAUGUCCCACACGAUGAUGGCGCGGCCACGUUGAGCUUCGAUAUCCGAUUGAAGAAGUUCCCAGUUCAUAAGACAUUUUGGCAACAAUUGACAGAGGCUUCAAAGCGAGACGGGAUCGACAGUCCGGUUGGCUCGGUUUUCUCGUUCGUCAAGCAAUCGUUUGGCAAUUGGGUGGCUUCGACGGUGAUCAACCAAAUCGAGACAGAACUGAGCAACUCCUUUCAAAUCAAACCCUCCCAGCUCAACGAACUCAAGCAUCUGACUCGCCUGCUUCGGCGCCAAAAUAAUGGUAGUUCUAUCGAUGCCUCCAUGUACCCUUCGAGCUUCCAGUAGUACUCCUAAUGUGAUAGAUCCCUCUCCGUUUUCUUUUUUCUUUCUCUCUCUCUCUUCCCAUCUUGUCGAAAAAGAUAUCAUUGGUUGAACUUGCUUGGGUAAAAGUUGUAUCUUACCCUCGGCAGUGAAUCUAGACCACAGAGGAACGUCGGGAACACUCAUCCGCAUCUUGAUUUACGGUGUUUUUCUUUUCUUUUCAGUUUUUUGUUUGUUUGUUUUCUUCAAGUCUUGAAUCGGUCGUUCAUAUCUGUCGUUUUUUUUUUCAAUCAAAAUGAAUAUAAUAAAACAAGAUAAGAUAAGAUAAAAACAAC